UUUUAAGACACCCUCUUCUUUUAUCAGUAAGUGUGAUCACACGGGCCAGUGUAUCCCAAAGGAAAACAACUGGCUGAAGACGGGAGGUGAAUGCGAGGACCAAACAGACGCAGAAAGGAGUGUAGGACCAAACAGAUGCAGAAAGGAGAGUAGGACCUUCUGAAGAUUAUUUUUUUUAUUGUAGAUUGAAUCGCCGCCAUGGGAUUCAAGUGGCCCAAGAUGAAGCUACCAAACCCUGGUCUGGACGACCGAAUCCCCUCUCAUCAGGAGCUGGAGAGGAUGGAGAAGGAGGAGGUUGCAGACAGGCCCAAAUGGGACAACAAAGCCCAGUAUCUGCUCACCUGCGUGGGCUUCUGCGUGGGGCUCGGCAACGUCUGGAGGUUCCCUUAUCUCUGUCAGAGCCACGGUGGAGGAGCCUUCAUGAUCCCCUUCCUCAUCCUCUUGGUUCUGGAGGGGAUCCCACUGCUACACCUGGAGAUGGCUAUCGGCCAGCGCAUGCGGAUGGGCAGUGUUGGGGUCUGGAGGUCCAUCAACCCUUACCUCACCGGCAUCGGUAUCGCAUCAGGGCUGACGUCGUUCCUGGUGGGCAUGUACUACAACACCAUCAUGGCCUGGAUCAUGUGGUACCUCUUCAACUCCUUCCAGGACCCCCUGCCGUGGAGUCAGUGCCCCCUCACUGCCAACGGAACAAGCGUGGUGUCAGAGUGCGCCCGCAGCAGCACGGUGGACUACUUCUGGUACCGGGAGACUCUGAACACCUCCACGGCCAUCGACGAGUCCGGAGGUCUGCAGUGGUGGAUGGUUCUGUCACUGGUGGCUGCCUGGACCCUACUCUACGUCUGCUGCAUCCGGGGCAUUGAGACCAGUGGCAAGGCCGUCUAUGUCACCUCCACUCUGCCGUACGUGGUGCUUACCAUCUUCCUCAUUAGAGGACUGACUCUCAAAGGCUCGGUGGAUGGGAUCAAGUUCCUCUUUACCCCUGAUGUGAACGAGCUGAUGAACCCCACUACAUGGUUGGAUGCAGGUGCCCAGGUCUUUUACUCCUUCUCCCUGGCCUUCGGAGGCAUCAUCUCCUUCUCAAGCUACAACUCUGUGCAUAACAAUUGUGAACAGGAUGCCAUUAUCAUCUCCAUUAUCAACGGCUGCACCUCUGUGUUCUCUGCGACGGUCAUCUACUCCAUCAUUGGCUUCAGAGCCACAGAGAAGUUUGACGACUGUAUGGACCGCAACAUCUUGGAGCUGACAAAUGCCUUCAAUUACCCUGAGAACUCUAUCACUGACACCAACUACAAAGAAGUGCUGGACUUCUUAAACAGCACCAAUCCCAGCAUCAUUCAAGGCCUGCCUCUUCAAAUCUGUGACUUGCAAAGAUUACUUAGCGAGGGGGUCGAAGGAACCGGAUUGGCCUUCAUCGUGUUCACCGAGGCCAUCAUAAAGAUGCCCUUUUCCCCCCUGUGGGCGGUGCUCUUCUUCGUCAUGCUCUUUUGCCUGGGGCUCUCCACCAUGUUUGGAAACAUCGAAGGGGUCGUGGUGCCACUGCAGGACCUGAACAUCCUGCCCAAGAAAUGGCCCAAAGAACUUUUCACAGGUAUAACGUGUUUUGUGUCCUUUGGAAUUGGACUCAUAUUUGCAAUGCGCUCUGGGAGCUACUGGCUGGCUCUUUUCGACAGUUUUGCAGGAUCCAUCCCCCUCCUGGUCAUUGCCUUCUGCGAGAUGUUUUCCGUCAUGUAUAUCUAUGGUGUAGACAGGUUUAACGACGACAUGGAGUUUAUGAUCGGCCACAAGCCAAACCUGUUCUGGCAGAUCACGUGGCGCUAUGUCAGCCCACUGAUCAUGGCCUUCAUCUUUGUCUUUUACUUAGUGACGCAAGUGACCAAAAACCUCACCUACCUGGUGUGGGACGAAGCUGCGCCGGACUUCCCGACACUGGCUGCACGUCAGUAUCCUGACUGGAUAUAUAGCAUAAUCUUCAUCUUGGCUGGAAUACCCUGUUUAGUUAUCCCAGUGUUCGCCAUCUGCAAACUCAUUAGGAACAAGUGCUGCAAGGGGAAGGAUCAGGACUCAGUUCCAACAAUAUCGGGCAAAAUGCAAAUGAGUGAGAAAUGAGGACAAUUUAGAAUCCAAACUAUUCCUUGGGAUUCUUUUAUGCAUGGAUCGAUAGGCCAUGGACUGUUUUUAUUAUUGUUCAUCUUUUAUGUAUAUAUUAUUAUUUAAUAUGUUAAUCGAAAGAAAACAUGAAUGACUAUCAUCAGAUAUUAUUUUCCUAUGGUAAUCCAAUGUUAAACGUUUUAAAUGUUAAAUCCUAUUUAAUAUUCACCAAACAGCAUUCAGCGGUCGUCAUGUAUAUGUGCUAUAAGAAGCUUAUGACAAAGUCAGUAUUGUAACAUAAAAAAUUGAAAUUAUUACAAAUAUUUGUAAUGCAAUUUUUCUGUAUCUUUCAGAAUAUCCCGAAAUAAAAGCACACAUAUAUUGUUAACUCUUUCAAAAUAAAUGAAAUCUGUCUA